UUCCAUUUAUAAAUCCUUGUUCGCUGAUAAUUUAAAAAAUCCUAUUUUUUUAAAGAAUUAAUUGUUAUAGACAAAAGAGCCGCUCCACUAAAUUGUUGCAUAAAUAUUACGUAUUUUUAUCCACGUUUUACGCUAGCAAAUGUUUAUGGAUAAUGAACGUUGUGGAGAACAUUUUCCAUCAAAUCGACGAUCUAGAUAUUAAAGAUAUCUCCAGCUUCGCGACCAGUAGCUACGAUUUUACGUUUCAAGGCAAGUGCCACAUGCGCUUGGCUCAUAGCCUACGUUUUAAAGUUAUUUUUAACCCGCUGCGCCGUUGGAGAACGAGUUUUAAGUAGUAGGAAGGCUUCGUGCGGCCGGUUGACUCAUACUUUCGUAUCUUCCGUUAAUUAUACCUUAAUCUCUUGUGUGACCGAUGGAUUUCGUAAACUGUUCGACAAAACGCUCGGCGAAAGGUUGCUGCGGUCGCGAGGCCGCGACAGGCAGCGAGCUCGGAAGCUGCGAUCAUAUUUACGCAAAUUUGGUCGAAUGCAAGAGUAAAGGUGUUAAUACUGAAAAUUUCGUUCACGUCGAACCAAUGACGAUAGCAUGUACGAACAAACGCGAGGAUUCCAGAAAAAGACGCGCCGCUUGUUCGAAUUCGCACGUCUUUGCGUAUCAGUCUUCCCCUGCCUUCGUUCGCAAUAAACUGGGCAGCGAAGUCGAGGAAGAGCCGAUGAGAUUUUUCAACAGAUCGCCGCACGAUGCAGACUUCCAGUGUCCCAGAUGCGGGCAGAGAAUGGAGGAGCCUAGGCUCCUUCCUUGCUUGCAUCCUAUAUGUUCACCUUGCGUUUACGAAUUGAUGAGCAAACCUCCGAACGUCUCUUCGAGAAACGAAGUGCGAGACAACGGCCGAAUGUACGCGCAAUCCGACGUUCACGAAACGUGCCCGCUAUGCGACUCGCGCCUACCGAAUGCCAAUUCUGCCGUGCCGCCGCCGCAUUAUCCCUUGCAGCAUCGUUCAGUUAUGGACACCGUGCGACGUAAAUUGGUCAAUAGAGUACUUUGCGAUACCUGCACAGGCGAAGUUCCGGCGCUCGUACAAUGUUCGACGUGUCUCCGCAAUUUUUGCUCGGAGUGCGGCAGGCAACACGAGCGGCAAAACCUCGCGGAAGCGAGAACGGUCAAGCAUUUAAUGAGACCACUGUGGGAGGCUACCAAAGUACGACGGACGACCUUAUGUCAGACGCAUCCGACGCACGCUUUAAGAUUUUAUUGCAUCGCGUGUCAGCAGGUUCACAAAAAAUUUCCUCUUCCUACAUAUAUGACACGCUUUAAUAUUGCGUCAAGUACGCAAGGAUGUACAUGUAAUCGACCUCAAACGAUACUUUCAGUCGAGGUGACGUGCAAGGAAUGCAUGUGGAGUGCGCAGCACAGAGGACACGCUAGCGAAGACGCUGUUGGAGUGGGAAAACGAGCCGGUACAUACUUAGCGAUGAUGUUGCAGAAAGCAAGAUCGUAUCUAAAUAAUCUAUUGGUUCAAUACAACCACGAUGUAUUUUCAAAUAACGAUCUUGAAGAAGCAUACAAUAUAGCCAAGAUUUGCAGGUAUGUCCAGCUAUGUGUGUGUGUGUGUGGUGGUUUUAUAAAACUGGAAUUAUAUAAAUUACAUUGUGCAAAUGCGAGUUCAUACAAAACUCGCUACACAACAUUUAAAAAUUUAUGAGUAUGUUUUUACUUUUAAUUGUAUGAUAAAACUGCAGCACUUUGGCGCGUGUAAAGCAGUGCAGAACAAAUUCUUGUUAGUGUUAGUACACUGUGAUACAAUUGUCAUGUGAUUAAUAAGGUAACAAUGAGCGAAAACGGUAAAAUUGUCAUUUGAGGUAUAAAAUACAUUCCGAAGCUUCGACUGACACACAGACUGACUAGAAUUAUUGAAAUUAUUGUGUGUGAUUUGUACAUUUUGUCAAUGUAUUGUUAAGCAAGAGGCAAAUAAUUGCGACUGGUAUGCGAGUUAAGACGUGUUAUAUGUAAGUUUAGUUAAAUACGUUGCGAACAUUUGUAAUUAAUAAAUAAUAUAAAUGUAAAAA